UUCAAGUGUCUGAAUGACACUUCUUGCUGCUGCUAUUGUCGACUGCUUUACAGUCAGCCUGACUUUGAGAAUGUUGAGUCUAUAUUAGAGACUCAUUGUCAAGCUCAUGGUUUUCAAAUUAUUUUUCUUCCAAAAUUUCACUGCGAGCUCAGUCCAAUUGAGCAGUGUUGA